AUGGCCAUGGCGACACCCAAGUGCCGUCCCGUCCUCAUCUUGCUCCUCCUAGCCGUAUCCAGCUGCCUUCCGCAUGUCGUCACCUCGCUUAGCUUCGACUACAACUUCUCCGCCCCCGGCGUCCUCGCCGGCGCCGACCUCAAGUACAUGAACGACUCCGCCCCUGUCCUCGACCGGAUCGACCUCACCAACCUCUCCAGGAGCUGGAGCACCGGCCGCGUCGCCCACGGGCAGGCCGUGCGCCUCUGGGACGACGCCACCGGCAAGGCCGCCAGCUUCACCACCAACUUCACCUUCGCCGUCAAGUCUCUCAACGUGACCACCAGCCAGGGUGAUGGCAUGGCCUUCUUCGUGGGACCUUACCCGCCGAGCAUGCCGACGGACGCCAGCGGCGGCUUCCUGGCGCUGUUCAAUAACCGCGGCAACCCGGCCAACACCUACUUCCCGCCGACCGUCGGCGUGGAGUUUGACACGCUCAGGAACGUCGAGUGGGACCCCAAUGACACCAUCAGCCACCUCGGCCUCAACGUCAACGACAUCAGGUCCAGGAACUACACGGCGCUGCCGGACGGGAGCUUCAAUGGGGCCAUGUCGGCGUCGGUCAGGUACGACGCCGGCACGGCCACGCUCUCGGCGACCCUGCGGUUAGACGACAUGCCGGAGUUGAGUUCUUACACCGUCAGCACAAACGUCGACUGCCGGGCCGCCGGCCUGACGCAGGACGCAGCGGUGGGAUUCUCGGCGGCCAUCGGGGACUACGUCGAGCAGCACCAGAUUUUUUCCUGGUCGUUCGAGUCCACUCUGACAGAUGACAUAAUGACCUCGAAGAGGAAAGAAACCGGUCUAGUAGCCGGGCUGGUAUCAACUGGCAUCUUCAUAUUCGUCGCUGUAGCGGCAUCGCUCGGUUACCUACAAUAUCUGAAAAGAAAGGGCAUGCACGCUCAAGACGCACCUCAAGAUUCAGAUGUCCCGCUCGACCAAGACAUGGAUGACGUAUUUGAGAAGGGGGCGGGGCCUCGGAGAUUCAGUUACGAUGAGCUGUCCCGGGCAACCCGGGGAUUCUCCGACGAGGAGAAGCUCGGCGAGGGCGGGUUUGGGGCAGUGUACCGAGGGUACCUACAGGAGCAGGGGCUUCAUGUGGCCAUCAAGAGGAUCUCCAAGACGUCAAGCCAGGGGAGGAGGGAGUACGUCGCGGAGGUGACCAUCAUCGGCCGGCUGCGGCAUCGCAACUUAGUCCUGCUCGUCGGAUGGUGCCAUAAAGCUGACGAGCUCCUGCUCGUCUAUGAGCUCAUGACAAACGGAAGCCUCGAUGAGCAUCUCUACAGUUCCACCAACAUACUGACAUGGCCAACCAGGUACAAGAUCAUUCUUGGGACGGGUUCUGCGCUGCUCUACCUGCACCAGGAGUGGGAGCAGUGCGUGGUGCACAGAGAUAUCAAGCCAAGCAAUAUCAUGCUCGAUGCCUCGUUCAACCCCAAGCUGGGGGACUUCGGGCUCGCACGCCUUGUCGACCACAGCCGUGGCGGGUACACGACGAUGCUGGCUGGUACCAAGGGUUACAUGGACCCGGAGUGCGCGGUGACCAGCAGGGCCAGCGCGGAGACCGACGUCUACAGCUUUGGGAUCGUCCUCCUCGAGGUCGCCUGCGGGCGGCGGCCCAUCGCCCCGCUCCAGGAGGAUGAGAACAAAGUCGUGCUCGUGCAAUGGAUCCAGAAGUUGUACGUGGGAGGCACGCUCCUUGACGCAGCGGACACGCGGCUUGACGGCAACUUCGAUGCACAGGAGAUGGAGCGUGUGCUGGUCGUGGGACUAUGGUGCGUGCACCCCGACUACGGCUUCCGGCCGUCCAUCCGACAAGCCAUGAGCGCGCUCCACUUCGAGGCGCCAGCUCCGGACCUGCCGCCGGAGAUGCCGGUGGCGAUGUACGCACCGCCGCGCGGAGGGCACAGAUCGAGCUACACGUCGUCGAAUGGGAGUUCCAGCACCGGUAACCGCUCGUCGACAAGUGACCGGGCGGAGGAGAAUCGUUCUUCUGCGAGUGCUAACACGAAGAGCGCCAGGAGGCCGAUAGCAACACCCACGAAUCAGACACUGGGGACGAGAACGACUGAGUGA